CAUAAGCGGCGACUUAUGGUGCGCCACAAGAAUGCCGUCUUGGUGGCCAUCGAAAGUUCCUAUCCGGAAUUCGGAGACGCGGAGCAGCGUCGCCGUGCUGCCGAGUGUUAUCGUCAGAUCGGGAAUACCGACAUGGCCAUAGAGACUUUGCUCCAGGUGCCCCCGAUAUUGCGAUCGCCGAGAAUCAAUCUGAUGCUGGCCAGACUGCAGCAUCACGGCACCAGACAUGGAACGACCAAAAAGUCGGAGGCCGUGCUCGCCUACAAGGAAGUGAUCCGCGAGUGCCCAAUGGCGCUGCAGGUGAUCGAGGCGCUUUUGGAACUGGGAGUCAAAGGCAACGAGAUCAACUCGCUGGUGAUGCACGCUGCCACGGUGCCCGACCACUUUGACUGGCUGAGCAAGUGGAUCAAGGCCCUCGCCCAGAUGUUCGACUUCAAGCACUCGGACGCGUCCCAGACCUUCCUCAUGCUGCACGACAAAACCACGCUGCGGUGCAAUGAGCACCUGAUGAUGGCGCUGGGCAAGUGCCUCUACUACAAUGGCGAUUACUUUCAAGCGGAGGAUAUCUUCUCCUCGACACUUUGUGCCAAUCCGGACAACGUGGAGGCGAUCGGACUGAUGACGGUGCUAUGUGGUCAGGAGGGCGGUUGUGAACAGGACAGCGCGGAUAUGGAUUACCUGUUCGCAAAGGUGACCUCCGAAGUAAAGUACACGGCCAGCCAUUGGUUUGCGCAUGCCCAGCUGUUGUACGAUGAGGGGAAAUUCGAGCGGGGCUUGAAUUUCGUAGAUCAAUGCCUGGAUUCGGAGCCGCGUAACCAUGAAGCCCUAAUCCUGCGCGGACGGCUGUUAAUCGCGUUGGAGCGGCACACGCAGGCGGUGUGCGCCUUUCGCACAGCACAAAUGGUGGCACCGUAUCGUUUCGAGAUCUACAGGGGACUCUUCCACAGCUACUUGGCUCAGAAGCGAUUCAAGGAGGCCAAUGCCUUGUGCAACUGGACAAUACGCCUCUUUCAAAAUUCGCCUAGGAGCUUCACGAUGUUUGGUCGCACGCUCUUUCUUUUCCCGGAUCCCAGGAUGAGAAGGACUGCCCGCAAGUUUGCCGAAAAGUCACUGAAAAUCAAUCACAUCUACACGCCGGCGGUGAACCUAAUUGCCGAUAUCUGUCAAGUCGAAGUCCCGACCAAGGCCAUCAUAAAACUGCUCGAGAAACACGUUAUUAUCUUCCCGAAGGUGAAUCUGCUCAACCAUCUCGGCGAUAUCAUGCGAAAGCAAAAGGAACCCGUCAAGGCGAUGGAAUACUAUUACAAGGCACUGCGUCAAGAUCCCAAAAGUAAGCGCACUUUGCGAGGACUGCGUUUACUGUCGAAAUCCUUCGAAGAAUCACCUGUCCUCGACGAAAGUGACGCCAUUGGGAUGGAAAACCAGCCAUCCACCAAUGACCUGGCCACGCCCUGUGAAGCAACGAAUGGUGCCGAGGGUGCCGAGAGUGCUGAGAAUUCUCGAGAGGCAUCCUCCUCAGAAGCCACAAGGUCAGGUCAGGAGGAAGAUGUAGAUGACCACGAUUGGAUUGACGUGCCAGACGGCAUGUAGUAUUAGUUAGCUUUUGAUAUGCUGCAAGGUACGUGUAAAAGCAGGCAGAUUGUGUCAGCACUUAAUCGGAGAGCGCUGUUAAUGGUAACAUACCUUUAACAACAAAAUCGUAAGAGGCGUGGUUCUUAAACCCAUUUCCCCAUAAAAAAUAAUAAUAAUGUCUCACAUAAAACAAUACACCUUUAUCCACUGUCAAGAAGUGAAUGUUUUUUUGUCAUCAAGAAUUGUACCCCGCGUAAUUGUUUUCUCUACGGCACUGUAUGGCACUGUUACUGUAAUCAACAUACCCGUUAAAAUAACCUAUAAAUGUUAAAUUUCUGGCAAAGGAUUGUGCCGCCAAAUUUAAAAUUUUAAUCUCAAAAUAAAAAUAUAUGCAAAAUGU